AGGAUCCUUAAAACAUGAACAUAAACAGUUAAAGGAAUCAACAAACCACAACAAUGACUACUGUUUACGGGGAUUAUCCUGUGUAUUACAAACAGCCAAUACGUUGGUUACGUUAUCACGCUCAUACCAGACCACAUUUAUAUUACUCUGUUGUUCUUGGAUUAGGUGUUCCAGCUCUGGCUCUCAUCUUGACUCCAUUGAGAAGAAGAUAUCUAUAUCCUGACCAUGAAGUUGUUCCUAAUGGUUAUCCAUUGCCUAAACGGAAAAGAGACUUGACAUUGCAAGGCUAUGAUGAUUAA